AAUUAACUUACAUUUUGCGAAAACAUAGUCAAAGUUCCCAUUUUAAACAAAUUACUUGCUUUUUAAUAAUAAUUUUUCGUCGCAAAUUUAAAGGUUAUAUAAAAUGAUAUAUAUUAUUGCAAUAACAAACGCUACUCCCGAGGUUUAAGUUUAAGAGCGCUAAAAAAUUUAAAAAAUGAAAUCAAUGAACAAGCAGAAACGGAAUAAAUAUCACAACAAACCACGUAAACCUCCAAAAAAUAAUUUAAAAGAAUCAAAAUCAGACAGUGAUGAUGAUGAACAACGAAAUGAAAUUACCACAGAUUUUCCAGUGGCAAUGUGGGAUUUAAACCAAUGUGAUCCAAAAAAAUGUUCAGGUCGUAAAUUAGCGCGUUGGAAUAUGAUAAAAACUCUGAAAUUAGGCCAAAGAUUUCAAGGAUUAGUUCUAACACCCGUAGGUGAAUGUAGUGUAUCCCCAAUGGAUAGAAAAAUUAUCGAAGAACAAGGUAUUGCAGUUGUAGAUUGUUCAUGGGCCCGUAUUGAUGAAAUACCCGUUUCGCGAAUGCGUACACCUUAUCCAAGACUUUUACCAUUUUUAAUAGCAGCGAAUCCUAUAAAUUAUGGUAAACCUUGCCAAUUAAGUUGUGUAGAAGCUAUUUCCGCUGCAUUUUAUAUUGUUGGGAUGAAAACCUUAGCUGAAGAAUAUAUGUCGAAAUUUUCAUGGGGUCAUGCUUUUAUUGAAUUAAAUGAAGAACUUUUAGAGCGGUAUUCAUUAUGUAAAGACAGCCAAGAAAUUUUAGAUGCACAAAACAAUUAUAUUCAUCAGGCUCAGAUUGAAAGAUCUUUAGCUCGAGAAGAAUUACCAGAUUAUCCGUCAUCCGAUGAAUCAGAUUCCGAAGAUGAAAAAACCGAAGAAAAUGGUAAAGAAGUGAACGAAAUCUCUGAUGAAAAAUGUGAAUAAUUAAAAUAGUUUCUAUUUAUAGUUAAUUUUAUAAUAUAUA